AUGUCAGAUCAUAAAGACGACCGCCCGACAAAGCAGCGACGAAUUCAUGGAAUGCCACUGCUCGACCAAACGAGUCAGAUUGACGACGAUGAGGAUUCUUCCAGCUCAUCCUCAUCGUCUUUCAUGACCUUGCCGACAGCACGGCUUUCUCAUCGACUUCUAAAUGAUGCCGGCACAUUGCAUACAGAAAACUCUUCCGACAACGAAGAAAGCGAAGUGCAGGAUGAAGAGGAGACAACGUCGUCUUCGGAUUCUGAGGAUUCAGACGGUGAGGAGACGUCAGAGAGAGAAGAAGAAGAAGAAGAAGAAGAGGGAGGGGAAGACGUCGAGGAGCCUGUCCCCCCGAGAGGCCCAGGAAUCCCACGUUUCACCACGCUGCCCGCCCGAGGGUCGGAUCUCAAGUCUCGUGUGCAGAAUUUCCUACCACAGCUACAACGAGCAAAUGCGGAGCUCGAGGACUCCAGCCAAGUCUUUGACAGAAGGAUUGACCAUGUAUCAGACGACGCCGACCAUUAUAUCGAGAUGGAGGUGGGCCUCGGUGUGUUGACUGCACAGAAGGACGACACCACCCGAAUAAUGCUGCCGCAUUCGCCGUCUAGCGUGGAAGAGGAUCGCGCCGACGAAGAUGAAGAGGUCAUCAAUGCACAUGGUGGGUCGGAGGACGGCGCCUUGUCUCGGGUGGUUGGCAUGGAAGGGAGAAAAGGAACAAAGCGGAAAAUCGAAGAGCUGGGAUAA